UCAACCCCAUUUACCCCAUCAUUUACCCCAACAUCUACCCCAACAUCAACCCCAACAUCUACCCCAACAUCAACCCCAACAUCUACCCCAACAUCAACCCUGACAUCUUCCCCAACAUCAACCCCAUUUACCCCAUCAUUUACCCCAACAUCUACCCCAACAUCAACCCCAACAUCUACCCCAACAUCAACCCCAUUUACCCAAUAAUUUACCCCAACAUCUAACCCAACAUCAACCCCAACAUCUACCCCAACAUCAACCCCAUUUGACCCAUCAUUUACUCCAACAUCUACCCCAACAUCAACCCCAACAUCAACCCCAACAUCUACCCCAACAUCAACCCCAUUUGACCCAUCAUUUACCCCAACAUCUACCCCAACAUCAACCCCAACAUCAACCCCAACAUCUACCCCAACAUCAACCCCAUUUACCCCAUCAUUUACACCAACAUCUACCCCAGCGACCUCAACACAAACCUCCACAGUCACUUCUGCUUCAGUAACCUCAACAUUUCAAACAAACAAAGAAAACGAUACAUGCCCCAUACUGUCCAAAAUGCUUUUUUGCUUAAAUAUGACAUGUGAUGAUCUUGAAAGUGCCGUGGAUAUGUGUAAGAGAACACCGACUGUUACUCCAAAUACUACAACAUAUAGCACCACCCCUAAAGUCACAACAUAUAGCAACACCCCUAAAGUCACAACAUUUAGCACCACCUUUAAUGCCGCAACAAAUGGCACCACAACCAAGAGCACCACCACCAGCAACUGCGUCUGUGAACCCAAGCCAGAUCCUGAACACUACAUCGAGGAUGCUUGUGUGGUCCUGCUCAGCUUCGGCAUGUGGAUAGAAGUAGACUGCAACAGAGCUCUACCUUACAUCUGUUAUGAAGAGCGCUUUUUUGGCCAGAUAAACAUUUCCGAUGUGAACACAAGUGCAGGCAAUCUGAGCUGGUCUGAGGGACCCGGUGCUGAGAACAUCAGUCACUACAGAGUGGAGGUUACUGGGGACAAAAACCAGACAUUUAACCGGACUGAACUGUUUGAAUACAUAACGAAUCUGACAGCAGGAACUCUGUACAAAGUUCAGGUGUUUCCUGUGAAAUGUGGCAGGGACCUCAAUCCACAGAAUAUCUCCUUCUACACCCAUCCCUCUGAUGUGCAAAAUCUGAUUGUGGUGAGUGUGACAAAUGUUAGCGCCAACCUCAAUUGGAGUAGACCAGAUGGAAACCAUGACUUCUACUCAGUAACUUUCAUAAAUUCAUCGAAAACUAAAGAAAAAAAGUGUGAUAAUGAAGAGUGCACUAUUACGGAUCUUAUUCCAGGAACCGAGUAUGUAUUCACAGUUAAAGCUGUAGUGAAUAAGACGACUGAAGGUGUGCCGAGCAACGUUUCUGAUUACACCAUACCUUCAACUGUCAGAAACCUAAGAUCAGCAGACAAUGACAGCACAGUCAUAAUGGCCUUUUGGGAUCCUCCUACUGGUAAUUAUUCAGGUUACCGCUAUUGUCUUGAAGAAGUCAAUAACAGCCGCAAGUGUACUUACUGCAACAUCACAUCAGACAGCAGCAUUACAGCAGACAACGACAUUACAAACUCAGGCAACAGCGAUACAGCAAAAUUCAGUAAUACAGACUGUAAAACAGUGGAUGAAACAGAAACAUUUAUCAAACAGAUUAAUAGAUCAGACGGCAGCAUGUUUUGUGUGUGUGUGGCAGCGCUAACAAAGAACAACACUCUGUCAGGAGAAAUGGUUGGAAUCCCAGCAUACACACGCCCAAAAUUAGUGGACCUCACUUUAGUACCUUUCCUUAAAGAAAUGCAAGCCACCUGGGAAAUAAAUGGGAAUUAUGAAAAAUUUGAAGUGACAAUUACAAGUGCUGAUGCAAAGGAUAUACAGUCAUAUAAUACUACAAACAAGGAUUACACUUUCAAUAAUCUGAAGGCAGGAGUGUUUUACACUGUUUCAGUUGUCACUCUUAAUGGUAAACUGAGAAGUGUUCCUGCUAAUAAGUCAGAUUACACCCGUGAGUAAUCAUUACAAUGCGAUCACUAUUUUUCGAUCAUAUUUCCAGAAGCUUUAAUCACUGUCUUCAUCAGCUUUUCAAGUUCAGCUGUAUAACAUCUCACAAAUCAAUUCACAGGGCCUGCUAAACCUACCUGGGUAAAGGCCACCGCUAUCAAAAAAAACAUACAGCUAAGCUGGGGUGCUCCAGACGAGUCAAAGGGUGUAUUGAUUCAAUAUAUAGUGAAAUAUAACACUUCUUUCUGGAAUGAAUUGAAUCAAACAAAUACAACUGAGACAAAUAUCACCAUUCCUUAUUUAAGACCAGGAACAAAAUAUACGUUCAAUGUCAUGGUCUUGGCUGGAAAUCUGAGUGAUCCAGCCACUACUCAUGCAAACACAGAGCCUGAGAAGAGGACACUGGUCCUCAUGAUGUUGUGUUCCUCUGAAACCGCACUUCAUUGUGACAAACCUGAAACUCGGAAUGAACUGUUUGAAACGCUGAAAAAAAAAUUUGAUGAUAAAUUUCAAGACUUGGUCCACUGGAAGCUUAAAGCAAAAACUAGCAAAGACAUCCUUUGAAUCUCUAUGAUGUGGCCUACAAUCAAGAAAGAAUCACAUACUGAAAUUUUUGUGUGAUUUCAUGCCUGGUGAAUUCUGAAUUUAUUUUUUUACAUUUCCAUGAAUGCAACUUACAAAAGAGGAACAAAAGCAAUGUGUCAGAGAGCCAACAAUAUAUGUUAUAUACAAUUUUAUUAGAUUAGAUUAGGAAACAAGGGAGAGAAGAGGAAACAUUUAGAGAAGAAAUAUACGUUUUUGGUAAACUCUGCUUUACGGGAACCAAAUGUCCUCACAGGGAUAGCAAAACCUGAUAUUUUUGACCUUUGCUUGUUUGUUUUUUAUUUUCUGUGUGA